AUGAAGCCAGGACAGGUGCGGUCACGUCCCCCAGGACGUCAGAAACAGUCAGGUCCCCAGGACGUCACAGAGCGGUCAGGUCCCCAGGACGUCACAGAGAGAGCGGUCAGGUCCCCAGGACGUCUCAGAGAGAGCGAGCAGUCAGGUCCCCAGGACGUCACAGAGGCGGUCAGGUCCCCCAGGUCGUCACAGAGAGCGGUCAGGUCCCCAGGACGUCACAGAGAGCGAUCAGGUCCCCCAGGUCGUCACAGAGAGCGGUCAGGUCCCCAGGUCGUCACAGAGGCAGGUAGGUCCCCAGGACGUCACAGAGGCGAUCAGGUCCACAGGUCGUCACAGAGAGCGGUGGUCCCCAGGACGUCUCAGAGAGCGAUCAGGUCCCCCAGGUCGUCACAGAGCGGUCCAGGUCCCCAGGACGUCAGAGAGCGAUCAGGUCCCCAGGUCGUCAGAAGGCGGUCAGGUCCCCCAAGUCGUCACAGAGGCGGUCAGGUCCCCAGGACGUCACAGAGAGAGCGGUCAGGUCCCCAGGACGUCAGAAGAGCGGUCAGGUCCCCAGGUCGUCAGAGAGCGGUCAGGUCCCCCAGGGCGUCACAGAGAGCGGUCCAGGUCCCCCAGGUCGUCAUAGAGCGGUCAGGUCCCCAGGUCGUCACACAAGAGCGGUCAGGUCCCCCAGGACGUCAGAGAGCGAUCAGGUCCCCAGGUCGUCACAGAGAGCGGUCAGGUCCCCAGGACGUCACAGAGAGCGAUCAGGUCCCCAGGUCGUCACAGAGAGUCAGGUCCCCAGAACGUCACAGAGAGCGAUCAGGUCCCCCAGGUCGUCGCAGAAGGCGUCAGGUCCCCCAGGACGUCAAGAGCGGUCAGGUCCCCAGGACGUCACAGAGAGCGGUCAGGUCCCCAGGACGUCAGAGGGCGGUCAGGUCCCCAGGACGUCACAGAGAGCGAUCAGGUCCCCAGGACGACACAGAGAGCGGUCAGGUCCCCAGGACGUCAGAAGAGCGGUCAGGUCCCCCAGGACGUCACAGAGGGCAGUCAGGUCCCUCAGGACGUCACAGAGGGCGCACCCAGACGUCAACGUCAGGUUCCUCAGGACGUCACAGGAACGAGCUGGAGGACAUUGAGGAUCGCCUACGGGAGGAGAGUCAUGAGCUGGUGGAGAUGGUCUCACGCCUUCAGGACGAGAACCGCAAGUUGUCCUCUUCUUUGGCCAAGACUGAGGGCACCAUCAUCCACUCUAACGGGGCAACGCCAGAGGUGGACCUGAAGGUGGUGAUGCGCCUGCAGGAAGUGAUCGAGGCCCAGCGAGAACAACUUCACAAGACAGAGAAAGAUUGUCACCUCAAGACAACUGAACUGGAAAAUUUAAGGUCUCAGUUAGAAAAGGUGAACCAUGUCAAUCGGGAGUUACGUCGGAGGCAACGGACCAACGCCUCACAGAUGCGAUCACUGAUUGACGAGAGGGCAGAACUCCAGGCGGCCCUGCAGGAAGAAACCCGAACAGUGACUGUGUUGAGGCAGCGGCUGGGAUUAGCACAAAAGGAAAAUGAGGAUCUAGCUUGUUCCAGUAGUGAUAGUCCGGACUUAACAAACAAGUUGGUGUUUGAUCGCGAUGACCCAAAUCGACCUCGCUUCACAAUGACCGAGCUCAAAGAGAUCCUCUACGAACGCAACGAACUCAAAGCCCGUGUGUCUGAUCUGGAAGAUGAACUGGAAAUGUACAGGCCCAAGGACGAGCGACAGCGCAGCCACAUAAUCUGCCCCCCGGUAGAGAUGGCGGAAGCAGAGGGGGGGCUCCAGCCUCCUACAGACCCCCUCACACCCCCCCUCUCUCUCUCCGACUCACUUUCCACCGAAAUACAGGACGCUGGGGAGGAGGAGGAGGAGGAGGAGGAGCCACCAGUCCAAGGCCCCAUGCCAUAUGAACCUGAUGAUGCACCGUGGAAGAGGGGAGAGUCUGGCAUUAGGAAAUUCUUUGGAUACUUGAACACUAUAAAGAGUCGCUUGAUAGGUGGCGUAGAAGACAAGCUGCUUGCUGGUGUUCAGGAGGGCCAGAGUACCUCCUGAGGCUGGGGUAGGCCUCAUGCUCUUGCACUAACAACAAAUUAUUUAUAUCUAUGAAAUAAGAAAUUUGUGUCAAAUAUAAGACAUUAAGAUACAGAUGGAUUAUUUAUAGUUUUGUCUAAGAAGUUUCUGAGCUCUUUUAAGAAUUAUUGGCCAGUUUAAAAAAAUAACUUUAUUUAAUAUCCAAUCAUUCAGAAUUAUUGUUAUUGAAUCAUGUUUGUUGUGGGUAUUGUGCUUAUUGGUGACUCUUGUCAUGACUAAAAGCAAAUAACUAUAAUAAUUUUUUAAUAUAUACAUUAUUUUAAACACAAGAAACAAAGGUUAAUAUCUCACAUAAGGGAAGUGCAGUAAACCCUCCAUUUCCACAGAUUACAAAUUUGUUCUUUUAAUAUACUGUACGAUGACAGACCAACGUAAACUGUAAUUAACAUGUUUACUCCACCCUUCACUAUACCACAGAUGAUACAAGAACUGUGACCAAAAAAAGUGAAGUAAUGAUAUAAUUUCUUUGGGCAAGUUUUCUGUACUACAAAGAAAAACACAGAUGAAUAUAGAAUUAAUAAGCUUAUAAUUAAGUCUACUGUAACAUAAAGUAGAAUAAUAUGUAGAAAAAAUAAUGAAAAUCAUCUUAAGCAACAAAGGACAUGCCAGUGAGGCUGUCCCUGGGACCAGAGGACGGUUGGUAGAUGACUGUAGCAGAUGUGAGGGUUCAGCUGAGAGUGUUGACUGUGUGUAGGAGAGAGAUACUGUCCCCCAUUUCUCAACACUUGGCUCUUUACACUACAGUACCUUUAUCAUAUGUACAGUAUAUCCUCUUGUAGAAUCCACCACAGUACAGGGUCAGUGAUAUAACAGCACAAACACAGGAAGAUGCGAGUGACAGUACAACAAAGGCUUACCGGUAGUAUACAAAACAACGUAAAGACAACGAGCACAAACUAAACUUAAUUGUGGCUUCCUUUCCUGUUUGUGAACCAGAUUGUAUUACCCAGUGAUGAGGAAGAGUUUUUUGCCCCCUAUACCAACCUUCUUAUACAUCUGGCAUAAUCCACAAGUUCAAUGACCUUAGUAUAACGAGGUCAUUAGUUUUUAUUGUUGUUGAAUACAGUAUAGCUGACUGACAGCAAAAAUUUGGGGCCUAAAAUAUACUCCAUUAUUUUAGCAGAUUCCUUAUUCAUGUCCUCAUAAGUGUUCAGGAGAUGUUACCCCUAUGGAGAUUGAGGGUUUACUGUAUAUUUAGUAUAUCAAUUCUAAAACAGUGUUCUUGUGCUAUAAAUGUUUGUCAGUAUUAGCUGUAACAGACUUCAAGCUAUGCUCUUUGACAUUCAACAUAAAAUAUGUAAUUGUGUUUGAUUGUUUUCAACUUACUAACCCUAGUAGAUACUGUACUAACUUUACUAACAAUCCCAGAGGCAGAUGACUGCUUAAUGGGGCCCAGUCCUAAGAGGUUGCAAUCUAACUUAAUUCAAUAAUUAGGAUUGGAGCUCAGGUUAGGCUCAUUUAUUAAAGCCUAUGAGGACUGAGGCCCAUUUCACCUGCAACAAAUAGACAUAGCAAACAUUGAUGAUGUCAUUCAAAACCUCAACUAUACAGUAUUAAGGACAUGACACCAUGCAGUUGGACUAACCACUGUGUCACGUUAAUGCUGUUCUAUGAGAAUGAUGAUGCUUGCACAAUAUUUUCUACUCUGUUAUGAUGACUAAGAUAGAUCCCUGUGACUCAUCUGCUUACUUCAUCUAUUUAUGGCAGUUUAUGAUUAAUCAUCUUGUAAACCUAAUGGUAAUGGUAUAAUCAUAUUAAGAAAUUGAUGUUCUGAUCUCUUGCAUCUUUGUGAGGAUCAAGUAAGAGUUACCCAAAAGUUGGGUCAGUAUUGAAGUAAAUUCUUGUCUGUCAGUGAGUGAGUGAGUUAGCAAAUCAGUGAGUGACUAUUGGUAUGGUCUGCUGGGCACCUAUAAACAAACUAACCUAUACAAUCCUUUAUAAUUUAUUUCACUCAAGUAAGAUUUAGAAAACUAUAAUGUGAUGUGAUCUUAAGAGAAUUUGAAGCAGUUUUACACCAGUUAACAGUUUAUGUUUCAGCAUUUGUGAUCAUUGAACAGGUAUUAAACUAACGAGAAAUAGAUACCAAUACUUUACUAAUACUGUACAGGUUCUACAACGAAACACUGAAAUCCUAACCAUCAUUUUUUUGCAUUGUUUAAUUUAGAAUUUUGUAAUAUUGUGACAGUUGAAUACAGUCUAGAAUCCCAUUACAGGAGAAAUUUGAAAUGUUGCUAUAAUGGGACAGUCAGAAUAGGUGAACAAUCAAGUUUUUCUCCACUGUGGGCAACUUAAGCUGUACUUACAUCACUGCUAUUAAAUAAAGCACUGCUCACACCA